GCAUAUUGAACUGACACAGUUCAUUUUACGGUUAUGUGCGCUACUGGGUUGCUGUCAAUGAAAGAUUCAGUAAGCAAAGAAGAUAAUACAAAAUCCAAAGCUCAGCUUAAAGCUGAAAGGAGGGCUAUUCAAGAAGCUCAAAGAGCUGCGAAGGCUGCUUCUAAAGGUACUGACAAGCCAAAAGUCACGCAAACACCAAAUGCCGCUCCUAGUAAUGCACCAAAUACUCACCCAAAUCAGGACACAGGCAUGGAUGAACAAAAGACUAUUUCCUCUAUGGAUGAGAAAGCAUGUAUCGGUGUGGUGCAAAGUCAAAAUAACCGCCUCGAUUAUUCCAGCCUUAAAAUUGCCGAAGUUCCGAAGUCCAGAACACAGGAGUCCUGUCGCGUUCACCUCUUCAAGCAUCUUGACCAACCAGACAAGCGAGUAAAUGUUAUCAGUUAUCUUGGUUUAGGGACUCGUUCCUCAAUCCAUCCUUCAUUCCUCACUCUAGGUGUCGAUUUUGACGAAGAUCGAAUAUGGGGCUCCAAUGAGAAGUGUUUAGCGUUUUUGUCGUCAUGUGAAGAACUCAUACGUUCAUUCAUUCCGAAGUCACCUACCGAAAGAAUGAACAAUCACACUGGAACAAAUGAUGCUCUGUUUUGCCGGAGUUUCGGACCAGUUUUGCAAGCUCAUGUGAACUUUCUUCAGCUUUGUCGUCCAUUAUCUGUUACGAUACAUAAUGCAUAUCAGUAUCUGAAGCAGACGCUUACUCGCCUAGAUUCCGUGGAAGAUUGGGAUGAGUGCAGAGGCAGUUUUUUAUCAGCCAUCGUCGAAUUUAGACGUGGUUCAAUUUACUUGGCAGGAGAUGAAAUUGUAGAUCGUACAGUUAAUUUGAUUCGUUCUGGUGAAUGUGUUUGUAUAUUUGGAUAUUCAUCCUUGGUAGCCCGUGUGCUGGAACGUGCAUGGAAAUCUCCAUGCAACACAUCUGUCAAUCAAGUUGAUGCAAAUGUUGAUUUUUUAGCGGACAAAAUGAAAACAUGUUUUGUAAACACUAAAUCGGAUCCAUCAAAUAAAACUACAAACAGAGUUUUUAGUGUUUUGGUUGUUGACUCUCGACCGAAAUUUGAAGGUAGACAAAUGCUAACCAGAUUGUUGAAAGCAGGAAUACCAUGUGAAUAUACACAUAUUGGUGCAUUGCCAAGUGUUGCAAAUAAGAUAUCUCUAGUUAUUCUGGGCGCCCAUGCUCUUCUUAGCAAUGGCUACGUACUAGGUCGUAUGGGGAGCGCUCAAGUAGCCAACAUUGCAGCCUCUAUUUCUCAUGCUCCAACAAUAGUCUGUGCUGAAACUUACAAAUUUUGGGAGCGCGCCCAUUCUGAUGCAUUCGAGUAUAACGAACUUGGAGAUCCUGACGACAUUUGGCGAGGUCCACGAGGUACAUCACCAGACUAUAAAAAGGGCAUUCCUGGUUUCGGUCCAACUGGACUUCCAGAUAGAAUUGAAUCUUCUACAACUGAUUUGAGUGAAUGGCGUUCAAAUUAUAGUCUUAGACUGUUACAUUUAGAAUAUGAUGUGUUACCGCCUACAUUGGUUACAGCUGUAGUAACUGAAAAGGGCACCUUACCUACAACCUCUGUUCCUGUAGUCCUGCGAGUAAAACAAGCUUCUAUAACCAAUGUAGAUGACGAGAUCCAAGUCGACGAAGCUUCAUGACGAAACCGGGUAAUUUGAUAUUUCCAAUUAGAGAUCAAUGCCUACACAAAGACUAUUCUCUUUUUGGAUAAGCCAUACUCCAGCGCCUCAUCCAAGACAAUGUGGUCAAACGCUUUUUUACAAUCUAGUUGCAAGGCCGAAUCUUUCUCUACCUACGUCGAUUCCAGCAGACGCGUUUUCGCGAAAAUCGUCAGGCCCCAAGGUAAAUGUUCGUAUUUAUUCGAAGAAAUGCAUAUAUAGAUAACUGAACAGAUAUACUCCCGUGAACAGGAGAAUCGGUGUAUCUUCUCUACUAGCAUGAAUACUUAAGAUGAUCAGGAAGCAGUGUGUUUAAAAAAUAAACAUAACCUGAGCUCAUAUAUUCAGUUGGUUGUAGACUCCAGGAAGAUAAGGCAGCUAUCCAGUGCUCAGUUGUUUUCAACAGUUUUGAAAUGAUAUCGGUCUAUGCUGAAGAUUAACUUAACUUCAAACUGAGCAAUAUCCGAAAACACCUCACUCAAAUAAUUUUAAUUAUUUGCCCUCUACUGACUAGUUUUAAUACGAAUUCCUGAUAUUCAAAUGAGCAACAAUAACUGACGACGUUAAAGUACAUCUAAAGUAUGAUAGAUGUCACUGACUUCACUACAUGAUUGUUGCACAGUAUGGCAACUUAACUAAACUUUUAAAUGUAAGUCAUCUAAUUCCGACUUAAGGGUCUAGGUUUAUUCUGAUAGCCAUGAGAACUGAAAAUUCUUCGCUGAUUCAAGUGAGGCGUAAUAAGUGCUCAUUAUUAACCGAAUACCUUCGGCUUUUAAUUAGAUUAACUUCCACAUUCUAGUUUAGAUUUCACAUUAUCUGGUAAAUGUUAGACCAUAAGUCUUUUAGUUGUAAAGUAUUUUGGAGAUUUAUAUGUACAGAAGAGUAUAUGAACAGGAUACAUGGGACAAAGGAACCUAAUUAUAUGUGAUGAGUUUGAAACACAAUUGAUCUGUGAGGAUUUAGUACUCUAUCGUAUUGUAGUACCACGUAAAACUGGAUUUUAGCCUUGUAAAGAAAUAUACAUCUAGUCAGUGAGUUACAUCUUGCUUUAUGGAAAAUCAAUAAAGCUUGGGAUUAGUCACUUGUUAUUCAAAAUGUUAGUUAUCCAUUUAAAAGAAAACUAACAUCAAAUUAAAGUGUUUCUGCCAAUAUUGGUAAUCUAAAAACAGGUCAAGAUAGAAAUCUAUAUGAUUAUAUUGCUUGAAGAAAUUGUGAAUAAUUCUCAUUUUUACUAUUCAAUUGUAAUAUUACAAAAAAUGUUAUUUAUGUAUGAUGUUCGUGUUGAUAUUCAUUCAAAAUAAAUUUUUAAACAUGCAACGAAUUGAUGAUGCUGUUGGGAAGUGUUCACUUUUAUACUAAAAUCUGCUCAAACAUAUAAAAGAAAGAGAAAAGAGAAUGCAUUUUAUCCCAUUAGCUCAAUUGUUUAAAAAAAAGUAAUGAGACUGGUUCAUAAAUAGACUAUUUAUUAACCAGACUAAUUGCUAAUGACGAAUUUAUGUAAUACUCAACAAGAUAUGUAAGAACCCUCAAUUUUCUCCUUCUACAAUAUUGAUCAUCGAGUUUUAUUAUUUGACAUUUAAAAACCAUUAGAACUUUAUUUUAAUUCCAAAAAACCGAUUUGCCGAUACAUUUCAGUUCUUCAAAUUGUAAGUCAGAACUUUUACUUAAAUGUAGCCGUAAAAAACUCAAAUUCAAGCCUCCACAGUAGCAGUAAUUUGUAUUUAUACAUCUUUUUUAUAUAACAUCUUUACUUGGCCAUUGGAUGAACUGAUUUUAAUGUCAAUUCGCCUUUAAAUUAUUCUUCAACUUAAAUAUUGUACCUCCAAAAGCUUCAUUUAAAAUUUAAAAUCUUAUACAUUUUGUCAAUUCAAAUCAUGUUUGUCAUCAACCUUUCCAAUAUCGUAGUGUUGUUGUUGCCAACACUAUUGAUCUUGUCAUGUUUUUAUCAAAUAUAAUCCUCAAAUUUG